CUUUGCUCCGAGAGGUGUCUAUGGAGGGGAGGGAGCGCUGACUCGGAGGUUGCCGGGACUGGGGUGCUGUAAGAGCAACUAAGAGCCACAGGGAAGGAGAGGUGGCCCGACCCCCUGGCAGUCCCUCCCCUAGCCCUUCCUGCAGUACUGCUUCCCCCGGCCCAGGUCCCUCUGCGCUCAGCUCCCGCUCCCAGGCAGCUCCCGGGCUGCUGCCGAGGCCUCUGACAGGCGACUGCACUAUCCUCCUCUCCAGGAAGGGGGCUCCAGAGACUGCCCAGCGGGGAUUCGGACAGGGCCUUGGUAAUGUCCAGGGCUUCGGGAAGAGAUGUCCUUGUGGCUGGAGGCCCCUGUGCCUGAUGUUUCUCCUGACUCUGCAGCGGAGCUGUGGGAGUCAAAUGUGCAAGAUGCAAGCAGCGUGGCCCAGGGAGGCAGCAGCCGCAUCCUUAGGGAGGGAGCCAGGACACCCCAAUCUGCUGGGGGCACUUUGGGAGUGGGGCUGGAGGCAGCAGAGCCCACAGCCCUGCUCCCCGGGAUGGAGGCCCUUCCAGAGCCCACAGAGCUCCGUCCACAGAAGCGGAAGAAGGGGCCAGCCCCCAAGAUGCUGGGAGACGAGCUGUGCAGCGUCUGCGGGGACAAGGCCUCCGGCUUCCACUACAACGUGCUGAGCUGUGAGGGCUGCAAGGGGUUCUUCCGCCGCAGUGUCAUCAAGGGGGCGCACUACAUCUGCCACAGCGGCGGCCACUGCCCCAUGGACACCUACAUGCGUCGCAAGUGCCAGGAGUGUCGCCUUCGCAAAUGCCGCCAGGCUGGCAUGCGGGAGGAGUGUGUCUUGUCAGAAGAACAGAUCCGCCUGAAGAAACUGAAGCGGCAAGAAGAGGAACAGGCUCAGGCCACAUCUGUGCCCCCCCGAGCUCCCUCACCUCCCCAAGUCCUACCCCAGCUCAGCCCAGAGCAACGCGGCAUGAUCGAGAAGCUGGUGGCCGCCCAGCAGCAGUGUAACAGGCGCUCCUUCUCUGACCGCCUUCGAGUCACGCCUUGGCCCAUGGCCCCAGAUCCCCAGAGCCGGGAGGCCCGCCAGCAACGCUUUGCCCACUUCACUGAAUUGGCCAUCGUCUCCGUGCAGGAGAUAGUCGACUUUGCCAAGCAGCUACCUGGCUUCCUGCAGCUCAGCCGGGAGGACCAGAUCGCCCUGCUGAAGACCUCUGCGAUCGAGGUGAUGCUUCUGGAGACUUCUCGGAGGUACAACCCUGGGAGCGAAAGCAUCACCUUCCUCAAGGAUUUCAGUUAUAACCGGGAAGACUUUGCCAAAGCAGGGCUGCAGGUGGAGUUCAUCAACCCCAUCUUUGAGUUCUCCAGAUCUAUGAAUGAGCUGCAACUCAACGAUGCCGAGUUUGCUUUGCUCAUUGCCAUCAGCAUCUUCUCUGCAGACCGGCCCAAUGUGCAGGACCAGCUCCAGGUAGAGAGGCUGCAACACACCUAUGUGGAGGCCCUGCAUGCCUACGUCUCCAUCCACCACCCCCAGGCGAGACAGACUGAUGUUCCCACGGAUGCUGAUGAAGCUGGUGAGCCUCCGGACACUGAGCAGCGUCCACUCAGAGCAAGUGUUUGCACUGCGCCUGCAGGACAAAAAGCUUCCCCCGCUGCUCUCCGAGAUCUGGGAUGUGCACGAAUGACUGUUCCUCUCCCAUAGCUUCUGUUUCGUGGCCAGAGUGCCGAGGCCUGAUGGCUGCCUCCUGGAGGUGGAACAGACUGAGAAGGGCAAAGAGUCCUCAGAGCUGGGUGAAGGAGGUCCUCACAUGGCAUUAAAGGAGUCAAAGGGUUA